AUCGUGAUUGUGUCAUUCAUUGUGUUGUUUCGAAUUUCCGAUUACAGCUGGGCAUUGUGUACUUAUUGAUAGUGUAUUGUGUAAUAAAUUAACCCAGGAUUAAAUUAAUAUUGUACUCGUAUCUGUAAUUGUAACGUGAAUACUGUGUUCGUGAAACAUUCGGAACAAAUUUACAGUGAUGAUUUUAGAUCAUUUACGUUAGCCAAAUAUAAACUACUGACCUUAAGUUUACGUUUUUAAAACAAGGAUGUUUGAAAUCUUAGAUGCAUUGUUAAUAGAAUAACUAACACACGUUUACCAAAUCUUAUCAACGAAGUAAUUAAAGAAAACACUAAGAUUUAAAAUGGCUUUUCCAACUAGAAUACCAGAAACAUGGACAAAUUAGCUGAAAAAUAAACGUUUUGUAAUGAUAAUAAUAUUAAACUACAUUAAAUCCAACCAUUAAACUUAACUACUAUUACAAAAGUAACAUAAAACUCACAGAAUUUAUGUUAACAAGUAAAUUUCAAAGUGGUGAUUAUAACAUCUGUGUAAAUAAGAAAUACAGAUAACAAAAUGGAAUCUGAUGAUGAUAUUCGACCUCUUAUUGAGUACGAAGGAAGUAGGGAUUUGUAUUUGGAACUCACAGCACAACUGAUCAAUGCUGACCCGGAAUUUGAACAGGUAGUAUACGGCUAUCGCAAGAGUCGUUGGCGGACGGUCUUGACCUACGUGCUGUCGAUCCUGUUCUGUGGUCUGCCAUUCCUGGUGUUCCACUGGCUCCCCACCUGGUUCCUAUACGUCACCAGCGUCCGCUGCUCCUUCCAAUUAGCUGAUAGGGUGCUGGUGCUUGAAACAUAUCAAAAGAAAUGCAAGAGUUACUACAUACAUCUAAUAUUACAUAAAAAUAUAGCAGAUACUAGUGGUUUACUAAACCAAGGGUUUGACGACGAUGGCUCCAAGGAGAAGGGCCCCAUUGAAAGCGCGGACGCCAUACACACUCCCAUACAUUUGGAUGAUGGGACUACACUUAAUGUACAAAACUACAGAUAUUUCCGGCAUAAGAAACAGUCCCUCAUAUGGGACAGUACGCGAGCGAAAUGGACGAAGCUGGCGGGAAUCGAAUCCGGAGCGUCGUGCGCACAGCUACAAGCUAUGGGCGCUACUCCACCGUCCAGUGAACGACGGGUUAGAAUGCUAAACAUCUACGGCCUAAACGAGAUCACGGUGCCGGUCCAGUCCAUCAUGACGCUGAUCCUCCUGGAGGUGUUCAACCCGUUCUACGUGUUCCAGCUGUUCACCAUAGCCGUGUGGCUGGCCGAGCCGUACUAUUAUUAUUGUAUUGCCGUCGUUUUAAUGUCCACGUUCGGUGUUGCCACUUCUGUUAUACAGACUAAAAAGAACCAAACCAACCUCCGCGCGACAGUGGAAGCCCACGACACGGUAGAGCUAUGGGACGGCCGCACGGUGGACAGUCGGUACGUGUCGCCCGGGGACAUCAUAGUGCUGCCCCCUCGCGGCUGUACACUGCACUUCGAUGCUGCAUUACUGUCGGGCGCCGCUGUGCUUAACGAGAGCAUGCUUACUGGUGAAUCAGUCCCGGUAACAAAGACAGCCUUGCUCCGAGUGGACCGUCCCUUCGACUUGAAGGAGCACGCGUCCAGUGUACUGUUCUGUGGCACGAGGGUCAUACAGACCCGGUACUAUAAUAACGAGCCUGUCAAGGCUCUAGUACUCCGCACAGGCUACAAUACCAGCAAAGGCCAACUAGUCCGCAGCAUCCUAUACCCAGUGCCCGCAGACUUCAAGUUCGACAGAGACUCCUACAAGUUCAUCAUCAUAUUAGCUUGUAUAGCGAUCGUGGGACUCGCUUACACCGUCGCUCUUAAGGCAUACCGCUCUCUAAGUCCAGGAGAUAUAACUCUGAAAGCUCUAGACAUAAUAACGAUAGUGAUCCCGCCCGCGCUGCCGGCGGCCAUGACAGUGGGUCGCCUGUACGCCGUGUCGAGGCUGCGGCGCGCGCGCAUCGCCUGCCUCAAUACUAGAGCUGUUAAUGUCAGCGGGUCUCUGGAUUGUGUGUGUUUUGAUAAGACAGGAACUCUAACAGAAGACGGUCUAGACAUGUGGGGUGUAGUGGCAGUAAGUGGUGCGACCAAGCCCCCCAGACUAGGUAGACCCCAGCGUGACCCCCGACAGCUCAACGAGCUGCACCCCCUGAAGCUGGGCAUGGCGUCCUGCCAUAGUCUUACCUUGCUUGACCAUGAGCUGGCUGGAGAUCCACUGGAUUUGAAGAUGUUCGAGUCCACGGGCUGGGUGCUGGAGGAGCCAGAUGUACCGGAACAUUCCAACUACGAGAUCCUCACUCCUACCAUCGUGAAACCGAGGAAAACUGCCAAUAUUGACGUCGAUGAUGUACAUUUGCCCCUGGAGCUGGGCAUAGUCCAGCAGCACCAGUUCGUGUCGUCCCUGCAGCGGGCCUCCGUAGUCACCAGGGUGCUGGGCGAGGACGUGCUCAGGGUCUACUCCAAGGGGGCGCCAGAGAUGCUGCGGACGCUAUGUGUUCCUGAAACUGUACCUGACAACCUGUACGAAGUAUUGAACUCAUACGCGGAGAAAGGGUACCGAGUGAUAGCAGUGGCCACCAGGGUGUUGGAGGUCACCUUCAAACAACUGCAGAAGAUGACCAGGGAAGAGAUUGAAUGCGAGCUAGAGUUCCUAGGGCUGGUGAUAAUGGAGAACCGGCUGAAGGCAGCCACCACCGGCAUCAUUCGCGAGCUGAAGGAAGCCAACAUACAUGUCGUUAUGAUCACCGGGGACAACGUGCUAACAGCAGUGAGUGUGGCGAAGGAGUGCGGCAUACUGAUGGGGGAGGAACGAGUCGUACUACUGCAGACGGACAACAGUGGGGACACUCCUGUUAUAUACUGCGAGAGUACGCUGCAUGGGGCAACAAUAGGUCGUCGCUACCCCCUCCAACGCGAGUGGCGCAGCGUGGACAGUGGGCACGGCUCGUGGCGCUCCGCCCCGCCGACCCCGGCCUCCGCUGACCUGGACAACAGCUACGACGCGGAGACCGGAGCCCUGGAACCUCGGUACAAGAUUGUCAUGACUGGAGAUACGUGGCGGGUCCUUCGCGAGCACUACCCCAACAUGGUCCCCCGCGUGGUGGCCCGCGGCGCCGUGUUCGCGCGCAUGUCCUCCGACCAGAAGCAGCAACUCAUUGUGGAGUACCAGGCGCUGGGGUACUAUGUCGGUAUGUGUGGAGACGGUGCCAACGACUGCGGAGCCCUACGCGCCGCCCACACAGGCAUAUCUCUCUCAGAGCUAGAGUCCUCAGUAGCGGCACCCUUCACAUCCGCCAACCCCGACAUAGUAUGUGUGGCCAGAGUCCUACGGGAGGGACGCGCGGCACUCUCUACCUCCUUCGGCGUCUUCAAAUUCAUGGUAGCAUACUCCCUCUCGGAAUUUUUCUCUGUAGCUUUCCUCUACUACUUCGAUUCAAACUUAACCGACUUCCAAUUCCUAUACAUAGAUGUCGCUCUAAUCGUUAAUUUCGCAUUCUUCUUCGGUAUGACAGAAGCAUAUACGGGCAAGUUGUGUAAAACACCGCAUUUAACCUCGUUACUAGGUCUCGUACCUCUCUUUUCUCUUGUCGGGCAAAUGAUUUUGGUCGGCGUAGGACAGUAUUUAAGUUAUUUAGCGUUGACGUUUUUCCCGUGGUAUGAGAGGCAUACUUAUCAAGGGGAUGAAGCGAAUGAGUGUUGGGAAAACUACGCUAUAUUCGCGAUAUCGAUGUUCCAAUACAUUAUUCUGGCUAUAGUAUUCAGCCACGGGUCCCCUUAUCGAAAGUCAGUGGUUACAAAUAAACAAUUGAUGGUUAGUAUGUUGAUAAUGACUUGUAUAUGUGUCUACAUAGCUGUUUGGCCCGCGGAACAGAUAGCCAAGUUCUUACAAUUAAAAAUGCCAAACGAUACCUUACUGUCCUACAUAAUCCUUGCUUUAGCUGCCUUCCAUCUCCUCCUAGCUUUAAUCUUCGAAAGAGUGAUUAUAGAAUACUGUAUGGAAGGUAAACAAAUGAUACCAAAGUUCUUAAAAGAGAAAAGGAUUAGGAAAACUCCAUAUUUGUUGAUUAGAAGGGAAUUGACAGACAUGGAUUAUUUAGAUUGUGAUAGCGUUAUCAAAUAUGAUAAAGAGACUAGCGAUUCUGCGUUCGAAUCUUCUGGAAAAGGCAGCUGAGAUGAGCUUCCUAAUAUAUAGUAUAGGACUCGAAAUUUUAUAGUUCAAAUGUGAUCUUUAAUUCAUACCAAAUUGAGUUCAAAUUCGCUAGAUCAAUUUAUUUUAAGAUAUAACUUUUUUUUCUUUUUGAACAAUUAUAUGUGUUUAUAUAAUUUUUCAUUAAAACUUGCCUUUAUUUUAUAGUGCCAUUUACUAUACAAUAUAGCCUUAGUACGAGUUUGCUUUACGUUGAACGAAAAUGAAACGAGAGCGCGUUCGGCGCUCUGAUUGGUUGGUUCAUUCGCACCGGCGUUGGUUAAACGCAAAACAAAUUCGUACUAAGCCCUCUGAUAUUUUUUCAGCCCGCUGAAAGGAAUUAUGAAUUUAUACUUAUUUCUAAGUACUAGAAAUGUCAAUAAACACAUAUCAAUAAAUGUCGAUAUGUUUAUAGAGAAAGUAUUGUAGUGAUGUGAUCAUUAUUAUUAGAAUAUAUCGAUUCUAAGAAUUUCUAUUAUUACGUCUCUAAGUAGUUGUCGAUAAAAAUUAAAACUAUCGAUAUUAGAAUUUUAUAUUUAUGUCGCGACAUUCAAAUGAACAAUUUUAUGAAUUAAGUU